UUGUUUGAAAAUGGCGGUGUACGAGGUAUUCACACACCCAGAGUUGCGCCGAUACAGGGCGUCCGUGUGCUCCAAGGCCACACUCUUCAUGUUUGGUAUCCUGGUCCUUACCUUCAUACCGCCACUCUUUGUUGUUUACAGAAGCCAUGGCUUCUGGCAGAAGGAGGCUUAUUAUCGUGAGUUUCCUGCAGUUACAUUCAAACGAGACUUGAUGAUUGUUGUUGAGCUUCAGGACUCUGGAGAAUAUGUGACCUACAGCACCUACCAGAAAUACAACCUCCUUCAGCAGGAGCGGCUACGAGUACCUGUCAUUAAGACACGAGAAGAGGACAGCAAUGGCGAUGGACAAGCUGAUAGAAUGGUUCUCAACAUUGAAAUGCCACUGACAGAUGCAGAAAAUGUUGUCGGUGUCAAACUGCUGCUGUUCUACUACUACAGACUACAGAAGUUUUCCUCUUUCUACAUGGAGUCCCUUGGCUACAUUGAGCACUUCUCCCCUAAUCCUGGUGCAGAGCUGGAAGUGUUUGGAACUCUCCGAUUCAGACAGAAACAACCUUUGAAUCAUCGUGGAAUUGAUACAAGAUAUAAUGGCUCCCUCAUCAACCAGACCAGCACAUUUGCUGAUACUUACGAACUCUCCACAAUCUUCAGAUCAUACUCUCAGAGGAAUGCAUCGACCAUGCUGGAAGAUCAGUACAAGAUCUGGAAGAGUGGGCGUGGCACUGGCAAACCAUUCCUCAUCUCUGCUACCAUCGACUACCCAGAAGAUGUGUACCUCUACACGCCAGGAUUCUGGUACCUCAUCAAGUGGGGCUGGAUACAGUACAUCGCUGUUCUCUUCCUCUUUAUCUUUGUCUUCGAGAGAGUCAAAGUCUUCAUCUUUCAGAAUCAGUUUGUUACAACUCAUGUUGACCGUGCUUUCAAGGAGAAGAAGUCAUUGUGAUUGAAUGACUUGCACGUUUGAUUCAAAUGAAUUUACAAAUAUUUUUAGUCCAACACCUGACAUAUAUCCUUAUAUCUCAGAUAUUUUUAGCUCACCUGACCAAAACUGUUACAUUUACAACAGCUCCUCUGAAACAGCAAGACCUAUGAACCUGAAAAUAUUGACCAUUUGCGUAUAAUUAUUUAGAUGUAUAUAAUUAUAUAAUGUAGCUGUCAGUGCUACAUAACUACCCUUGGAUUACUACCAAUAGAAUUGUUGAACUUCUAUGAUGUGUGUCCUUCUCACAUGUACGUGUGACAGAACACCCCUUUAUGAAAUUUGAUAUGCAGCAGGUUUGUGAAAUCAUAUGAUACCAGUUAGAGCAUACAUUGAUCCCAGCUCUGUUGACUGUUCGGAGUUCAUACCAAACUCCAGUUUGACUUAAGUAUGGCUGCAACUGUGUUCAGAGUUCAGGUGAGCUACAACAUCUGGAAGUCUAUUUCCAGAAGUAUUCAUUUAGAAAAGUGAAUGUUUGAGGACUUGCCACAUUGUUAAUCAUGGUGUCUAUGACCAGAACGUAGGUUGUUAUUGUUGCCUAGGAAUGUAUGAAGAUUAUUUUCUAAAUGGUUCAGUAUGGAAGAGAUUGGCAUUAGAUCAUCAGUUUCUGUUACAGAAGUAAUACCAUCAGAUGUUGCUCUCAUUGUGCAAGCUCUUUGGUACAAACAUUCUUGUUUUUGUCAAUUAAUCCGUCCAUUCCAUGAAGGGUGUUUCGUGAUAUUCAUCCAAGUUUUUGUGUCAUUUUCGUAUUAUAUGAUGUAGAAGCUAUUUUUGUACUUUUUAUGACUAGGUAGAAAUCUGUUUGGUAGUUGACUGUAGAAUUCUUCCUGCCAUUCCUUGUAAUCCAGCAUCUACUGAGCCAGCUGGAUUAUGAACUGAAUCUGAAUUAUAAAAUGAUUGGGCUAUCCUGCCGUACAUAUUACACAUUGAUCUUACUCACAAAGUAAUUACUGGAAUUCAGUGCAACAUGAUCCCUGGAUGCUAAGAUGCCUAAUAUGGUGUGAUAACUUACCCCGAAUUUCGAA